AUGAAUCUGGAAGGCAGCAGUAAUGUGGGUGACACCCUUCCCACCGGACAGCUGUCCAACAUUCCUUGGCGCAGAGCGGGGGUAAAAUACACAAACAACGAAGCCUACUUUGAUGUCAUUGAAGAAAUAGAUGCAAUUAUAGACAAAUCAGGUUCCACAGUCUUUGCAGAAAUCCAAGGUGUUAUUGAUUCGUGUAUUAAGCUCUCAGGAAUGCCAGAUCUUUCUCUUUCUUUCAUGAACCCACGGCUGCUGGACGAUGUCAGCUUCCAUCCGUGCAUCCGAUUCAAACGCUGGGAGUCUGAACGAGUCCUUUCGUUUAUUCCUCCGGAUGGGAAUUUCAGACUGAUCUCCUACCGUGUCAGUUCACAGAACUUGGUGGCAAUUCCUGUAUAUGUGAAGCAUUUGAUCAGUUUUAAGGAGAACAGUUCUUCGGGCAGAUUUGAUGUUACCAUUGGACCAAAACAGAACAUGGGGAAAACGGUAGAGGGGGUUGUCAUGACAGUCCACAUGCCAAAAGCUGUACUUAAUAUGAACCUCACUGCGACACAAGGCAGCUACACAUUUGAUCCAGUUACUAAGGUGUUAACAUGGGAUGUUGGCAAAAUUACCCCUCAAAAGCUGCCAAAUCUGAAGGGCAUAGUGAACCUGCAGUCUGGAGCCCCUAAGCCUGAAGAGAAUCCAAGUUUAAACAUCCAGUUUAAGAUACAGCAGCUUGCAAUUUCAGGGCUGAAAGUGAAUCGCCUGGACAUGUAUGGAGAAAAAUACAAGCCUUUUAAAGGUGUCAAAUACAUCACAAAAGCAGGAAAAUUUCAAGUCAGGACAUGA